AUGGUAUGGUUGUGGGAGUUGUGCAGCCGAACUAAAAGGGAAGGAUCUCACUCCAUCGUUGGCCACCGGGCAGGUGUCGGCCAGUUCCCAUACCUGGCCCUCGUCGUCGGCGAUGGAAGCGCUAUAUGCGGCGGGUCGCUCAUCACCCCAACAGCAGUCCUCACCGCCGCCCACUGCACCGUCAAGUACGAGAAAUUCAUCAUUCGCCUGGGAGGCAUCUAUAGGAAUAAGUCAGAGCACACGGCCUGGAGUAUAGAAACCAGUUGGGCAGUGGCGCACCCGGACUACAACACUGACAGCUAUCGCUCUAAUAACGUGGCUAUUGUAUUUCUGCCACAGAAAGCUCCUAUGAACCGUUACAUCAAGUUGGUGACGUUACCUUCCCCUAAAGACAAGGACAUCACCUUGUUGGGACAAACUACUAUGGUCAGCGGCUGGGGAUGGACUUUCAACUCCACGAAAAAUCAAGACAUUCUUCGGUGGGUUGAGGUGAAGAUUGUCCCCAAUUCUCUUUGCGAAGAGCACUAUGAACCAAAGCGCAUUACUUCAAGUAUCUUGUGUGCCACAAACAAUUCUUCUGGACUUUGCCAUGCAGAUAACGGUGGCGGCCUAUUUCUCCAAACUGAUAGAAGAGACUUGCAGAUUGGUGUGGCCAGCUUUUGCAGCAGCAGUUGCACAGAUGAAACACCUGCUGCUUACACCAAACUGGUCUCCUACAUUGGAUGGAUCAACAGAAUCGCUGAGAUCCAAGAUGAGUGAGAAGCUGGCAAAGGAUAUCAUUACAGUUAUAUCAGUGAUUAUACUUUGAUAAUGGUCUGCAAACUAGGUGUUGGCUUCUAACCUUCCUUUACAUCGACUAUCGUUAUUCGUUAACCUAUCUUUUCCGCUGUACAAUACAGACUUGUGGACUUUGUGGAAGGGGACAGAUAUUUAUUCACCUCCUUUUCUGUUAUCGGUGCUCACUGUGUGUGCAAUGUCAUGCGAAGCCACUGUGAUGAUAUUGUGCAGGACCACUUCCAGAACAUGGAGGCGACAUGUGA